UCUGCGUCUCUGAUUGGUCGCUGAGCUUGGCUGACAACACCUGCUUGACUCCAUCUAAAUUGACGACCCGCCCGGGCUCUGGGAAAUAUAGGCAGCAUCCCUGCUGUCCCAGCGCUCACUCUCUCUUUCUGUCUCACUCUCUGCGCUGCCCGCCUGAAUACAGUCUACAGCCGUGAGUGCUACUGAGUUACCACGGACAGACAGAGAGCAGACUGGCUGGUUGGACCGGUGCGUUUCCGAUACAACACUGCAUCAUUGUCUCAGAGCAGAGGGAAGGCAGACUUUAGCACAGGUACUUACUGGUCUUCACAGAUAGAGGCAGAAAUGUUGUUUAAAUUUGCAAUAGUGCUGCUGGUUUUGUCACUUUUGGAGCAAGUGGUGGGAUUGGAUAAUAUCGAUGUUCAUGACAACCCGUCAGAGAAACCGGCAAGCCAGAAAGGACGGAUGUCUCUGCAGAACACAGCUGAGAUCCAGCACUGUCUGGUGAGUGCAGGAGAUGUGGGCUGCGGUGUGUUUGAGUGUUUUGAGAACAACUCCUGUGAGAUCAGAGGCCUGCAGGAGAUCUGUCUGACCUUCCUACACAACGCCGGAAAGUUUGACUCCCAGGUAAGGCACUCUGCGUGUGUGUGUGUGUGUGUUUGUUUAAGACACAAGUUCAGCUGCAUCAGCAGGAAGUGCUUGGCCAUUAAAGAGAUGGUGUUCCAGCUGCAGAGAGAGUGUUACCUCAGACACAACCUGUGUUCUGCAGCCAAGCAGAACGUUGCUGUCAUGGUGGAGAUGAUCCACUUCCAGGACCUCUUCCCUAAAGGGCCGUAUGUGGAGCUGGUCAACAUCCUACUGAGCUGUGGGGAGGAGGUGAAGGAGGCCUUAACCAGGAGCGUCCGGCUGCAGUGUGAGCAGAACUGGGGGGCUCUCUGUGACAGCCUUAGUGUCUGCUCUUCCCUCACCCCCCCUCCUGGUCAGGCCCCCGCCUCCCCCGACCACCGCCGCCACAGGUCCCCCCACUCCGAGCCAGACCACCCCAGACCCCCCCGACAGGGGGACAAGGACAAGCCCAGUAAAGGCGGCUUCAACGCCCACCCCCGCAGCCGCAGCCAGGGUCCCCGUCGACAGAGCCCCGAGGCUGGUGUGGCGGCGGAGCAGGAAGGCUCUGAGGCCACAGACAUCCGGAGGUGAAGAGACAUUGAACCCUAACUAUCCAGAGCCCUCCCUGACCGUGUCACCAUCAUAGCCCCCCCCCAACACACACACACAUACACACACACAGACAUACACAUAGACAGAUACUGUACAUGCAAGAACACACACAUCUACACACAUACACAGACUCACUCUCUCUUUCUCUCGCUCUCU